AGCUUACUGGUUAACUACAUUAAACUGAAGACGAUAACGUUAGGUUUAGGUUCUGUCCGACUCUUAAGUCUUAUCUACAUUUCACUUUCAGUUUUGUUCCGUUUCCUCCCUCCAUGAAUUUCGCCCACACUUUGAAGUACCCAACCAUAACAUGCUCUUUCAAACCCUCCUCCGACAGACCACACGGAAUUCCGGCGAGAGACAGAGUAAUAGACUUCGGCAAACACAACGGCAAAAUGCUGGGCGCCCUCCCAUCAACUUAUCUCAAAUGGGUCUCCAAGAAUCUCCGCGCCGGCGACACCGAGCACUGGGCAAAGCUAGUAGACCAAGUACUCCAAGACCCAGUUUACCAAGACAGAAUCGAGUGGGAAUUCGCCGAGAAUCUAUUAAACGGCAACAACGGCGGAUCUUUAUCAAGAACCGAAAAUGCAGCUGCUCAGUUAUCAGAGUUAAGUGAGAGAUUUGGUUGGGAUAAUGAAGAUAAAGCUGGGUGGAGUAAGGUGAAAUUUGAGCUACUGGGUACUAGUAAAGGCGGCAGAAUUCCAAGAACGGCGUCGUCUUCGUGUUGUUCCACUGGUUUUAAGGAAGUGGAAGAUUUAAAGGAGGUGGUUUUGACUGAGAGUGAAAUGAGAAGGAAGGAGAGACGAGAGAGAGUUAAAGUGAAAAUGGUGGGAGAGAAGAAGAAGGCUAAAUUGGGGAUUUUGAUGGAAAGUAAGGGUAAAAUGGUCAAUGGGAAGAAUGGAGACGACGUGGUAGAGAUGAACAAUCCAUUCCCUGGACGUGAAGCUCUUUACAAAAGGGUGCUUAAUAAUUAUAAAAAAUGAUUGUUGUAAUUUUGCUGCUUCUAAUUUUACAAAUUGAUUAUUUGAUUUGUGCAA